UUGAAUCUGAUAUUUUUAUCUUCAUUUUGCUGAGCAUAAACAGAAAAUAGUGGGCUGCCUAGUUCAGGGCCGGUCGCCUAGCCAACUUACUGACUUGGAGCUUCAGAGCCAUGGCAGCAAAGGAGUCAGGAGACGCCAGAGCAGAGUCGGCCCUCUCAUCAGCCAAUCCGAGCCAGCAAGCGUCUGAAAAACCAAACUAUGCUCUCAAAUUUACUCUCGUGGGACAUACAGAGGCAGUAUCAUCAGUUAAGUUUAGUCCUAAUGGAGAAUGGCUAGCAAGUUCUUCUGCUGAUAAAGUAAUUAUUAUUUGGGGAGCCUAUGAUGGAAAAUAUGAGAAAACACUUUAUGGCCACAGUCUGGAAAUAUCAGAUGUUGCGUGGUCAUCAGAUUCCAGUCGUCUUGUUUCUGCCUCAGAUGAUAAAACUCUAAAGAUCUGGGAUGUGAGAUCUGGAAAAUGUUUGAAAACGCUGAAGGGGCACAGUAAUUAUGUUUUUUGCUGUAAUUUCAAUCCACCAUCCAACCUCAUCAUUUCAGGUUCUUUUGAUGAGACCGUGAAAAUAUGGGAGGUAAAAACAGGCAAGUGCCUCAAGACUUUGUCUGCUCAUUCUGACCCAGUUUCUGCUGUUCAUUUUAAUUGUAGUGGGUCCUUGAUAGUGUCAGGUAGCUAUGAUGGUGUCUGUAGAAUCUGGGAUGCUGCAUCAGGUCAGUGUUUAAAAACACUUGUUGAUGAUGAUAACCCUCCUGUCUCUUUUGUAAAAUUUUCUCCAAAUGGUAAAUAUAUUCUCAUUGCAACUUUGGACAAUACUCUUAAACUAUGGGAUUAUAGCAGAGGCAGAUGCCUGAAGACGUACACUGGUCAUAAGAAUGAGAAAUACUGCAUAUUUGCCAAUUUUUCAGUUACUGGUGGAAAGUGGAUUGUAUCUGGUUCAGAGGAUAACCUGAUUUACAUUUGGAACCUUCAGACUAAAGAGAUUGUACAGAAGUUACAAGGUCAUACAGAUGUUGUAAUCUCAGCAGCUUGUCAUCCUACAGAAAACAUCAUUGCAUCAGCAGCAUUAGGAAAUGACAAAACAAUUAAACUGUGGAGGAGUAACUACUAAACCUUUUAGAAAUCAAGUAGUAGAGCCAAGUUGGCAAAGAAAGGUAUUUAAAAAGAUGGUUUGGUAUUUCUUAACAUUGUCAUGGAUUAUAACAUUUUAAGACCUAUAAACUAAAUUUAUAAAGCACGACAGUUGGAAAAGCAAGUCUAGAACCUAGGGCUUUUGACUUUUAAUCUUGCGGUCAGUUAUUAAUUUCGUGUCUGUCCCUGAACAGAUUCCCAUUCUAUUCCUCUCCAUGACUAUUCUAGAGGAUGAGUGUAUUUGAGAAAUAUUUAGAAGUAAGGUUCACAAGACAGGAUGACUGGUUAAAUGAGGAGAGCAAAGGAGUUUGGAGUAACUCCAAGGUUUCUGGUUUGGGAGAUCAGAUUAAUAAGAGCAUAAGCGUGGGAUGGUGGUGGAUAGGAGACGUAUGUCAGAUGCCUCUCACUCACUUUAAGUGAUAGCUUACAUGAUGGGACAUGAAUUGGUCUAUGGAAUCAAGUCUGUAAAUUGGGAAAAAUAAGUCAGGGUUAGGUUUAUUCUGAGAGUCUAAAAUUUUUAAGUUUUUAAGAUUAAACUCAAAAAUAAACCAAAACAACAUUAUAAAUGCCAUUUUACUGAAGGACCUCUCACUAUCUUCUCAGACUGUGCCCUCAUGAUUUUCAGGCAAGCUAAAUGUCUGAAUGGUGGGCCUGCUCUCUUCCAUUAUGUGUCUGACCUACUAAUUCCUACCUGUGCUUCAAGCUCAGUUCAGUUCAGAAAUCACCACUUCCUGCAGCCAU